CAUCAUAUUGCGACUGAGACAGGAGUUUUUGUGAAUUGUAUUGAAAAGCAAAUACCCGGCUAGAACCCGGGAGUUUCUUUGUGUAUGGUGUGAUUCAACAACUACAUAAAGUAUUAGUGUUAGUAAGAAAACAUAUUCGUCUUUUUUGAUACUAACAAUUUUAAAAGGAUCACUAAAUAGUGUUUCACCAUGGCUCUUAGGCCCUAUGUGCUAUGCGUGUUGGUGUUUCUGAUACCUAUUCAAGGUUUCUAUUUACCCGGUCUAGCUCCUGUGAACUAUUGUAAAGCUGGCGAAGAUAGUGGAAAAUCUUGUAAGAAUGAAAUUCCUCUGUACGUAAAUAGACUAAACACAGAAGAAUCAGUUAUUCCAUUUGAAUACCACCACUUUGAUUUCUGUCUCUCCGAUGAAACCCAAUCACCUGUGGAGAACCUCGGUCAAGUGGUGUUUGGAGAAAGGAUUCGGCCGAGUCCAUAUAAAAUCAACUUUUUAGAAAAUGUUUCCUGUAAGGCUGUGUGCACAAGGAGUUACAAAGGUUCUGAUCCGGAAUCAAUUAAAAAGUUGAACCUUUUGAAAAUGGGAAUGGCCCUAUAUUACCAACACCAUUGGAUCAUUGAUAAUAUGCCUGUUACUUGGUGCUAUCUGGUGAAUGAAGGUGGGAAGUCUUAUUGCAGUACUGGUUUCCCUAUGGGCUGUCAAGUGCGCAGAAACUUUGACACAUGCACUCCAAUAGUGAACACAUCACCAAGCCAAGUUGGUGCCUACUUCCUGUUCAACCAUGUGGACAUCGAGAUCACCUACCACAGUGGCGGGGAGGAAGAGUGGGGGGUCGGUUUUGGUGAUAAUGGCGGAAGGAUUAUAUCUGUUAAGAUAAAACCAGCGAGUAUCAACCAUCCAGACAUACUCAAGCCGGACUGUUCAGUGCGAAAUCCUUUGGAAGUUCCUAACUCGCUCACAGGAGAUGAAAGCUUCAACAUGGCAUACACAUAUAGUGUUACCUUUAUCAAGAACAAUACGAUCAAAUGGUCCUCACGAUGGGAUUACAUUCUCGAAUCGAUGCCGCAGACGAACAUCCAGUGGUUUUCUAUAUUGAAUUCACUUGUGAUAGUUCUCUUUUUGAGUGGUAUGGUUGCGAUGAUUCUGCUGCGAACACUGCAUAAGGAUAUUGCGAGAUACAAUCAAAUGGAGUGUGGCGAAGAUGCGCAGGAGGAAUUCGGUUGGAAACUCGUCCACGGUGAUGUGUUCAGACCUCCGCGUCGUGGUAUGUUGCUUGCUGUGUUCCUUGGAUCUGGCUCUCAGGUAUUCGGUAUGACCCUAGUGACGCUAGCGUUUGCUUGCCUCGGUUUCCUAUCUCCUGCGAAUCGUGGAGCUCUCAUGACAUGUGCGUUAGUUGUGUGGGUUCUGCUUGGAGCCGCAGCUGGUUACGUUAGCGCGAGGAUAUAUAAGAGCUUUGGAGGGAGACGUUGGAAGAGUAACAUCCUGCUUACGUCUAUGGUGUGUCCUGGGGUGGUAUUCUCGAUAUUCUUCAUCCUGAACCUGGUGCUGUGGGGCAAAGGCUCUUCAGCCGCGAUCCCGUUCUCGACCCUCGUGGCUCUGUUGGCUCUGUGGUUCGGCGUGUCUGUGCCGCUCACGUUUAUUGGUGCUUACUUCGGAUUUAGGAAACGGAUUCUCGACCACCCCGUGCGAACAAACCAAAUACCGCGACAGAUCCCAGAGCAGUCGUUGUAUACACAACCUAUUCCUGGCAUCAUUAUGGGCGGAGUCCUGCCGUUUGGAUGUAUCUUCAUACAGCUGUUCUUUAUCCUCAACUCUUUGUGGUCUAGUCAGAUGUACUACAUGUUCGGUUUCCUGUUCCUCGUGUUCGUGAUCCUCGUAAUCACUUGCUCGGAGACGACCAUCCUGCUCUGCUACUUCCACCUGUGCGCGGAGGACUACCACUGGUGGUGGAGAGCCUUCCUCAGCUCGGGCUCCACCGCUGGCUACCUCUUCAUCUACUGCUGCCACUACUUCGUCACCAAACUGAACAUUGAAGAUGCCGUCUCCACUUUCCUGUACUUCGGCUACACCAUCAUCAUGGUCUUCCUGUUCUUCCUCCUCACCGGCACCAUCGGCUUCAUGGCCUGCUUCUGGUUCGUCAGGAAGAUAUACAGUGUUGUUAAGGUCGACUAGAUUAAGUGUGCAAAUAAAUGUGAGCUUUGUUCGUUUGACAGUAUGGUUUUUAUUCGCGUGAGUCGUUUGGCCCAAGACUUACAUGUGGUUGUGUGCACAUGGAUGAACAAGUGUUGGUUUAAAACUACGCAUAAUUGUUCAUGUUUUAGUGUGUUUCUCUCGUUUUCUUGGACACUAAGCUGCUGAUUAUUGUUAAUCCAUAUGGAAAGUAUUUUAUAUCAAAGGAGUUGGUCAAUUUUAUUAUCUCUGUGAUUAUGAAGAAUAGAAACCGAACAACUUUAAAUGAAAUUCGUGUAAAUUUGUUUCAGUAUUUUUAAAAUCAUAAUUUAGUAUUUUACAUACAUUGUGUCAAAAAUAUAAUAUGACGUAUAUGUAUUAAAUUCGUCUCACACAACGACACGUCGAAACAACAAUUUUUAAAGGAAAUUUAUGCUGUAAUCAGCUGCAAGUGAAGAAAACACUACACCUUCCGACAUCUUUACACAUACCUGGGAGUGUAAGUAACAGAUACAGGUAAUAAUGUAUAGAAAUGGAUUACCCGCAAUAAAAACGAGUUACAUCACCACUUUUGUAUGUGAAUGUUCGAAAUUACACAUUAUAUAGUAUUUAUAUGUAUAACUAAUGAUUAAAUUAUUAUAAUUGUCCAUGGGAAUGCGACGCUCUGGCGCGCUAGUCUUUAAAAACUUCGUUAGUCGUACAUUUUAUUAUACAUAAGAUCGCCAUUGUAAAUAAAGUGAAUGGGUAGAAAACAAUGAAUUCGUUAAAAUUGAGAAUUAUUUUAUUUUGCACAAUUACAUUUUUUUAUUUAUAAAGUUCUACUAGUUUAUAGGUAGUACUUAAUUGGAAAACAUCGAUUCGAAAUUUCAAGAUUUAGCGUAAAUCGGUAUUUGAUUUUUUAUUUUAUUAUAAUUAUAUAGAAUACAUUAAUGAUUAACGACCUGACAAGUGUUAUGCAUUUAGUUCAUUAAUUAAUAUAGUACAUUACUUAUUCUUGUUAUAAUUCGUUUAUAAUUAAAUAAUUAUUAAUAUGUUUGUUAUCUUCAAUUUUUCUGUCGUCGUUAAAUUACUGAGAUCCAAAACGUAUUAAAAAAAUUCGGGGUGGAGAGCCUGUUUAUACCCCAUUGUUAAGUCUAAGGUAACAAACAUAAUUAUUAGUCAGGUCUCAUAUUAGAUAAUUAUCAAUUAUAUUUUAAAAAAAUAGCACGGCGAAUAUCUUGAAACGUUACGUACGUACCUCUGGCAUUAGUCUAAUCACAGGUAGACAAAAAAAGCUCUAAAUUGUUUGGAGAAUCAGCAUGUAGUAUAAAUCAAUCGUGCACCUAUAGAUGUUUUUUUCGUGUUAGCAAAAGGGCACUUUCAUUGAUUGAGGUAAAUAUCAAUGUUCCUAUGAUUUAUGACUAGAAAGUUCUGAUUGACCAUGUAAAUUCUGAGUAGAAUUAACAUAUGUAUGUAGAAACGCAAUACAUAUAAAUACGUGUAAAGAUUUAACUUUUUAGUAUUAAAAUCUUGAUGUUUGAUUGGCCAUAGGAAAUUCGACAAGCUAUUUAUUACAUUAACUAUUUAUAGCAUCGAUUUUUUUAUUUAUAUCUUUAAUUUACAUUACUGUGUGUAUAAUUAAGAUAGUUGGAAAUGCUUCAUAUAAUUGAAGAAUAUGUAAACAAUAAAUUGACUAUUUUAAAA